AGGUGCCCCUGAGCCGAGGAACACAGGCGGUGGUCGUAGGGAGGGGAAGGGGAGCCCCAGGAGACGGCAGCAGCAUGGGCGGGCGGCCCUCGAGCCCUCUGGACAAGCAGCAGCGGCAGCACCUAAGGGGUCAGGUGGACACCCUGCUGAGGAACUUCCUGCCCUGCUACCGCGGGCAGCUGGCAGCGUCUGUCCUGCGGCAGAUCUCUCGAGAGCUGGGCCCUCAGGAGCCGGCCGGAAGCCAGUUGCUACGCAGCAAAAAGCUGCCCCGAGUCCGUGAGCACCGAGGACCCCUGACCCAGCUUCGGGGCCACCCACCCCGGUGGCAGCCAAUCUUCUGUGUUCUGCGUGGGGACGGCCGCCUAGAGUGGUUCAGCCACAAGGAGGAAUAUGAAAACGGGGGCCAGUGCCUUGGCUCCACAGCUCUGACGGGAUACACACUCCUGACUUCCCAGCGAGAAUAUCUCCGCCUUUUGGACGCUCUCUGCCCUGAAUCCUUGGGAGACCAUACUCAGGAAGAGCCUGACUCCCUCUUGGAAGUGCCUGUGAACUUCCCGCUGUUCCUGCAGCACCCCUUCCGCCGGCACCUCUGCUUCUCUGCAGCCACCAGGGAGGCACAGCAUGCCUGGAGGCUGGCCCUGCAGGGUGGCAUCCGGCUUCAGGGCACAGUCCUGCAGCGAAGCCAGGCCCCUGCUGCCCGGGCCUUCCUGGACGCCGUCCGACUCUACCGGCAGCACCAAGGCCACUUUGGCGACGACGACGUGACCCUAGGCUCAGACGCCGAGGUGCUGACCGCGGUGCUGAUGCGGGAGCAACUUCCCGCGCUGCGAGCCCAGACCCUUCCUGGCCUGCGGGGGGCAGGCCGCACCCGCGCCUGGGCCUGCACCGAGCUUCUAGACGCCGUUCACGCAGAUGUCCUGGCCGGGGCCUCCGCCGGGCUCUGCGCCUUCCAGCCCGAAAAGGACGAGCUGCUUGCGUCGCUGGAGAAGACGAUCCGCCCGGACGUGGACCAGCUGCUGCGGCAGCAGGCGCGUGUGGCGGGGCGGCUGAGGACGGAUAUCAGGGGACCGCUCGAGUCGUGCCUGCGCCGGGAGGUGGACCCGCAGCUGCCCCGGGUCGUGCAGACCCUGCUGCGCACCGUGGAAGCCUCGCUCGAGGCGGUGCGGACCCUCCUGGCUCAAGGCAUGGACCGACUGUCCCACCGCCUGCGCCAGAGCCCCUCGGGCACGCGGCUGCGCAGGGAGGUUUACUCAUUUGGGGAGAUGCCGUGGGACUUGGCGCUGAUGCAGACAUGCUACCGUGAGGCCGAGCGGAGCCGGGGGCGCUUGGGGCAGCUGGCAGCACCGUUUGGCUUUCUGGGGAUGCAGAGCCUUGUGUUUGGGGCCCAAGAUCUUGCACAGCAGCUCAUGGCUGACGCCGUGGCCACCUUCCUGCAGCUGGCUGACCAGUGUCUGACCACGGCCCUCAACUGUGACCAGGCUGCCCAGAGGCUGGAGAGAGUCAGGGGGCGCGUGCUGAAGAAAUUCGAAUCGGACAGCGGGUUGGCGCAGAGGAGGUUCAUCCGAGGCUGGGGUCUCUGCAUCUUUUUACCUUUUGUGCUGAGCCAACUCGAGCCAAGCUGCAAAAAGGAGCUGCCUGAGUUCGAGGGGGAUGUCCUUGCCAUGGGCAGCCAGGCUCUGACCACUGAGGGCAUCUAUGAGGACGUCAUCCGGGGGUGCUUGCUGCAGAGGAUUGACCAAGAAUUGAAAAAGACCCUUGGUGCCAAUGAUGUAUCCUGCACUCUGGACGGCUGCUUGGAGGUCCCAUGGGAACAGGAGGGAGCAGAUGAGGAAACUGAGGCUGAGCGAGAAGGAGGGGCUUGUCCCAGGCAGCCAGACUCUGGCACCCAGAUCCAGCCACUCUGCCCACCGCCUUCUCGAGGAACAUUCCGGAGCUGAAUCUUCACCCACAUCUAUCUUGUUUCUAUUGGAUAAAUGUCUACAAGUGGAAUUUCUGGGCCAAAACGGAUGUGCCAUCUUUAGGCUUUUGUAACCCCUGCAACUUCUGAAAACUGUGCCAUUUUAUACUCCAGCAGCAGCAUUUAUUUGUGUAUUUUCUCCAAGCCUUUCUUUAUUUUAAUUUUUUUUUUUUUUUUUUUUUUGAGACGGAGUCUUGCUCUGUCACCCAGGCUGGAGUGCAGUGGCAGGAUCUCGGCUCACUGCAACCUCCGCCUCCUGGGUUCGAGCGAUUCUCCUGCCUCAGCCUCCCGAGUAGCUGAGAUUUCAGGCGCCCGCCACCAUGCCCGGUUAAUUUUUGUGUUUUUAGUAGAGAUGGGGUUUCACCAUGUUGGCCAGGCUGGUCUCAAACUCCUGUCCUUAAGUGAUCUGCCCGCCUCAGCCUCUCAAAGUGCUGGGAUUACAGGUGUGAGCCACCGCACCUGGCCUAAUUUUUUUUUUUUAAAUAAUAGAGACAGGGUCUCGCUAUACUGCCCCAGGCUGAUCUCAAACUCCUGGACUUAAGCAGUCCUCCUGCCUUGGCCUCCCAAAGUGCUAGGAUUAUAGGAGUGAUCCACCAUGUCCAGCCUCCAAAUCCUUUCUAAACACUAGGACUUUUCAUAAAAAGAAAAAAGCUAUGCCAAUUAGACACACACAGAAAUCUCAUUAUUUUAUUUUGAAUUUCUUUGACUAAAUUGAACUUACAAAUAAGUUUAUUAUGGCCAGGUGUGGCAGUGCACACCUGUAAUCCCAGCACUUUAGGAGGCUGAGGCAGGCAGAUCACUUGAGCUCAGGAGUUCAAGACCAGCCUGGCCAACAUAGGGAGACCUCGUCUCUACAAAAAAUACAAAAUUAGCGGCCGGGAGUGGUGGCUCACGCCUGUAAUCCCAGCACUUUGGGAGGCUGAGACAGGUGGAUUGCUUGAGCCAAGGAGUUUGAGACCAGCUUGGGCAACGUGGCGAAACCCGUCUCUACUAAAAAAUAAAAUAAAUAAAUUAAUUAAUAAAAUUUUUAAAAAGCUGGGCUGAGAUUGGAGAUUUACCUGAGCCUGGGAAGUCAAGGCUGCCGUGAGUGGUGAUUGCACCACCGCACUCCAGCCUGGGUGAUGGGAGUGAGACCCUGUCUCAAAAAACAAAAUCCAAAUAUGUUGAUUAGCCAUUUACAUGUUUGUAGUUUUUGCUUUUUUUUAAUUUCAGUGAAUUGCCUGUUCAUAGCUUUUUUCUACUUUUCAGGAGUGUUUGUAUUUUUCUUAUUGAUAUCUAAUAACUUUUUAUAUCUGAAGGAUAUGAAAGCUUUGUGAUACAGGUUA